AUGGCCGCUUCCAACUCAACAGCUCUGGUCAGCUGGCAGUUAGAGGACAGCAAUCGUUCUACAUGGGCUCUGGUGUGGUCCUGUUUGGUAACGAUAUUCGCCUGUACCUGGACAGUCCUACACCCAGAUUUACCUCGACGAAACUCACCCACUGUGAGAAUAAUUAUUGCAAACUUCUUAUAUUGGCUCCUCGCUGUUUUUUUCCCAGAGUAUGUGUUUGUGCACGCUUCAUAUGGGCUUUACCGCGCAAUCUUAUUGAAGCAGGUGUGCAACCAAGCACAGAGAGCCCGGUAUCUUGAAUCAGUGGACCGGGAGUCUUGGUUGUCUAAACGGGCUAGGCCAUUGGAGCAAGUGAAAAACCAAGACUCUACCAAUCCCCAUCUAUUUCUCACCGAGUGGACGCUUCGAAAAUGUUUCUGUAUUCUUGCUGGUGGGCUUGCCUUGCAGACCCAGGAUGGGUGGAUCUACAUCCUCCGACAAAGCGACAUGCAACCGUUCAUUCAGGCUGGCAUAAUCGAAGACGUGGACUUUCACGAUCGCGAUGUUGAAGACCGUGCUAAAUCUGAUUCUUUGGGGAAAGCAUUCACUGUCAUUCAAGCUGCCUGGUUCCUGGUGGACAUAAUCGCACGAUGGGCAAAUUCUCUGCAGGUUGCACCAAUCGAACUGGCGACAGUCGCUUAUAUUGCCUGUGGCUUACUGCUGUAUGCCAUGUGGUGGUACAAACCAAAGGACAUGACCACACCUAUCACGAUUUAUGUCAGAUCUAAUCGUGAGGAUAUACCGACCGAUCUUCUCAAUCACACGGCGACAAACCCUCGUGGUUGGGUUCACAUCCGUGCGCAAAUAAAGAAAGAGAACGUGUUCUCUAUUUUUGCGCAGGGUAUUCGAUUCUUUCUUAGCGCAACCUGGGAAAUUGACGCUAUCGCAGACGAGGCCCCAUAUACCAGUCACUAUAAGCCAUCUCACGGAUGCAUUGUGACUGCUGUCAAUACCUUUGUUGCUUUCCUUUACUGUGGUAUUCACCUCGCCGGGUAA